AUGUUUGAGCUACUAAAACCCGCUGCUGGUGAAGCUGGAGUUGCUCGAUUGGGGCGUCUAGCUUUUGCUGGUGGACGUAGAACGAUGCGGACGCCAAACUAUAUCGCUGUUGCGUCACGAGGAGUCGUUCCUCACCUCACACCGGACAAUGUCACAAAGCACACGACCUUUGAUGCAUCUUACCUAGCGAUAGAAGAUUUUCUUGAGAAAUCACAACCCCCUGUGCUGCAACUACCAUCCGAGAAACCGAGAAAUCUCCAAAGCUUCACAGCGUUCCCAUCAGACCGAGCCUUGGUCCUCGGCCCAAGACGGUUCCCUGCUGUGGUGACACCCGUUGGAAAUACUGAUCAUCACGUCAGCAUCUUUACCUCUACUGGUUUCCGGAAACUCACAAUCCCCGAAUUUGCCAAGACUAUUGAGCUCACUCAACCAGAUAUCGCCAUCCCUCCAGCUGACUUGUUCCAUUCAAGCAACACCCCUUCAUCUAAACGACAGAUUCGUAUGGUUGAGAGGACAGAAGAAUGGGUAGGCAAAUUCUUCCAUAUUCUUGACCCCAAGGGCCGUCUCAAAGACAUGGGAGUCUCUGUCUUUGCUCCUGUACUUCCUGUUGAGUACCCUAUACAAUGGGACUACCUGCGAUAUCUUGCAGAAGACGUUCGAGACUCCCUAUCCGGUCUCGCUGUGUAUGAUGUCAACCUUGUGCCUGAACUGGUCAAUUACCCCUCCCUCGGAGAUCUACCACGACUGUCCUUUGGCCCUGCCAGAAGCCCCCAAGAUCUGUUGCGUCAGGUUGCUCUCGGCAUCGACGUAUGCACGGUACCCUUCACCAACACCGCAUCCGAUGCAGGCAUCGCCCUAUCAUUCACAUUCGCGCCCCCUGAGUCAUCCGAUCUGCAACCGCUGGGUAUUGACAUGUGGUCCGAGGAGCACACGACAUCCCUGCAGCCUCUAGUGGAUGGCUGCCAAUGCUACACUUGCACCAAGCACCACCGAGCGUUCAUCAAGCACUUGUUGAAUGCCAAGGAGAUGCUGGGUUGGAGCCUUCUUCAAAUUCACAAUCACGCCGUUCUUAGUGCGUUCUUCGCUGGUAUUAGGGUAGCCCUUAGCGAGAGCACCGAGAAGUUUGAGGAGCUUUACAAGAAGUUCUUGGCUGUAUAUGAGCCAGAGAUCCCCAUCGGAACUGGAGAGAGGCCACGGGCCAGGGGUUACCAUUUCAAGAGCAUCGCCGGCCAGACUAAGAUUAACGAACCUAGCUGGCAGUCAUAUGAUUCGGUCAAUGUCAGUCCCCACCCUGAGGCCAUUGCCGAACCUCUUGCAGCUGUAGAGGGUACAUUGCCAAUUGAUGGGGUUGCACCGGAGCUCUGA